CAGGCUAGUUAACUAUCCCUGGAUGACAUACUGAUACCAGUUUUUUAUUGUGUGCGACUGAACGUGGUAUGUUUGUGUUUUGUGACCAGAAGACUAUUUAUACCGUUUGAGCAGAUGUUUAGACCCAGAGCUGCACUCCAAUAUUGAGUUGAGAAAUUAAUAAGGCUGCUUGAUGAUGGUCGUUGGUGGACAAGAUCAUGUAAUCCAGGCCGAUAUAGUCUUUGUUAUUGAAGGCACAGCAAUUAAUGGAGCUUACUUAAACGACCUGAAAUCAAAUUAUGUUAUACCAACCCUAGAAUAUUUCAGUCACUGCCCUGUUGAAGAAAGAGAGUACAUAGCUGAGAGUACAAAUGUUCAGUAUGGGCUUGUGGUAUAUCAUGCAGCUGACUGUUUUCCACGGCCAAGCUGUAUGUGCUAUGGACCAUAUUCCAGUGCUGUACGUGUUCUUAACACUAUUGAUAAGCUUGAAUCUGUCGGAGGCAGGGGUGAAUCAAAUGGAAAUGUGGCUGAAGGCCUGGCAUCGGCACUCCAGUGUUUUGAAGACAUGCAGCAAUGCAGAGAAGCGAGUGUGCUUCCUUUGCUUCAGAAACAUUGCAUACUACUAUGUAAUUCACCUCCAUAUUUAAUGGCAGUUACAGAGUCACCUGCUUUUGUUGGACAUAAUGUUGAGCAGCUUGCUUCUGUUCUCAGCAAGAGAGGAAUUCAUUUAUCAGUAUUAUCUCCAAGAAAAAUACCCGCACUUUUCAAACUGUAUGAGAAAGCUGGAGGUGAUCUUCCUGCAUCUCAAACCAAGAACUAUGCUAAAGAUCCACGUCAUUUGGUUCUUCUCAAAGGUUACAGUUUGAAAGAACGUCCUGUUAGCCCGACUGUGGCAGCAGGAGUGAGCUUGCUGCCAGGACACCCUGCACAGUGCCCCAUGCCUGCAGGAGCCCUCGGCCCUGUGCCAUCUUUAUCGAGCCCACUGCCCAGCAUUGGCAGCCCCAUCGGGGUGGCCACUGCUGGGUCUGCACCACAGGCUGCAGCAGCUGCUGUUGCUGCUGCGGCAGCUGCUGCUGCCAGCAGCGCAGUGUUCAGGGGUGGAACCCAGGCCCCCACGUCUCAGGCAAUGCUUGCUACCCAACAACAGCAACAGCAGCAGCAGCUUCAGCAGCAACAGCAGCAAUUACAACAACAGCAGCAGCAACUGCAACAGCAGCAGCAUCAGCAACAACAGCAGCAACAGCAACAACAACAGCAACAGCAGCAACAACAACAACAGCCACAAAUGGUACCUGGAGGACGCGGCUUUCCACAGCAAAAUCCUCCAGGUUACCACGGACCUGUUAUCGGCGGUACUCGACCUCCUCCACCCUCCCGCUGGCCCCCUACUAGUGCCGGUCCGGUACCCGGCACAAUGAUGCCCCCACAGCAGCGUCCCACAUUCCUGCAGCAAGGUCCUGGUGCGACAGGAGUGACAGGAGCAGGACCUAACCCUGUGGCCUCGGCUGCUGGGCCCACUGCAGCCACUGCAGGCAGUGCUUUACUUGCACAGCUGUCAACACCACCCUCUGCUAUGACGCAAGCACCAUUUGGAGCCACAAGGAUGGACGGUGCUGCCAAUAUAAUGAUUGGCAAUCAGCAACAAGUUCAAUCAACGUUGCGAGGUCCUGCAGGCUUAAUGGGAGGCCCAGGGUCAACUGCAGGACAGUUAGGACAGGCAGUUCCUGGAAGUCAGGGAGGAGCAGUGCCCGGACAGCCAGGUGUAGGUGUCGCAGUGGGAGUGUCAGCUGCUACAGUAGCUGCUGCUCAGCAGCAGCAACCACAGCAGCAACAGCAACAGCAGCAGAUGCCUCAGCAGCAACCACAGACAGCUGGAUCAGCAGGGCAACAGCAGGAGAUGGUUCCUGUGCAGCAACAGCAAUCACAGCAGCAACAACAACAGCCUCUGCGUGAACGCCAGACCAUCUGGCAAGGUGUGCUAGAAUGGAUAGAGAAGACAAAAAAUCCCAACGAUCCUCAGAAAUUAACAAGACAUGUACCAUGUCAAGUUUCAACAAACCCAAAGGAAGGUGAACCAGACUUGAAAGCCGACUCAUGGCCACAGAAACUUAUAAUGCAGCUGAUGCCAAAACAACUGAUUGGAAAUAUUGGUGGAAUUUACCUGAAAAAUUCGAAGUCUGUUCUCUUCCAUCCACAGAACUGUGAAGCUCUUGAAUCACUGACCAAAGUUAUGAGUUCUGGAUUUGCAGGCUGUGUUCAUUUCACGAGCAUGUCACCAACGUCAGCAUGUGACAUCAAAGUUCUUAUCCUCCUGUACACAGCAGAGAAGCGUGCAUACCUAGGGUUUAUCCCUAAUGAUCAGACAACAUUUGUGGAUCGUCUCCGCCGUGUCAUACAGCAAUCAAAGUCAAGUCAGGCGCUAAUAAGGCAGGGACAGGGUGCCCCUCCGCUUCCUGCUCCCAUGAGUGCACCUGGAGGUGUCCAGCAGCCACCAGGGGCCACACAAGGACAACCACAGGCACCUGGUAUCAUGCUGUCACAGACCAAUACUGUUGCGAUGGGAGGUGGCCAAGUUGUUUCUUCCUCUGCCUCUGUGCCCACUAGCCAAGCAGCGGUGCAGGGACAGGAUCGACAGCUACUACUUGUGCAACAACAACAACAGCAACAGCAGCAACAGCAACAGUCCCAGCAGCAACAACAACAGCAGCAACAGCAGCAAGGCCCAGGAGGCACAAUGCGAGCUGGUCAGGUACUAGGAGGUCCUGGCCCUCAGCGACCACCGUUUGAUAACAUCGAAGUUGCACGACAGCAAAACCUUGUUAAGAUCCAGCAGCUACGUGAAACACUGGAAGCUGCACAGCAACAAGAACUGCAGUACAAGUCCCAACUUGAGAUAAUGAGCCACAUGAAGAUUCAACAGCUGCAACAAACUCUGGAAGUUGCCCAGCAGCAGGAGAUGCAGUUCAAGGCUCAUUUUGAGCAAGAACAGCAGAAGCAGCUGCGGGCUCAGCUACAACAGAUGUCUCAGCAGCAACAGAGACAGUUGACACCACAAGUUCUGCAGCAACAACAGCAACAAAGAAUGAUGCGUCCAACUGGGAUGGCUAACAACCCAGGGCUCCGUCAUCUUUUGCAGCAGCAACCACAGUACAGGCAAGUGCUAGGACAAAUGCAACAGCAGCAGCAACAGCAACUCGGAGGUCCAGUGGGUGUGCAGAGGGGUGCACAGCAGCCGGGCCCUGGAGGCCAGCCACAGCAGCAGCCACCUUACGAUGAUGUCUCAGGCUUUGAUAUGUUCGGAUGAAAUGCUGGAUCACUGAUAAGAACUGAGAAUAACAGGAGUUCCUGGCAACAUAUGUUUGAAGCGAUCCAGUGAAUACUGUAUCAUCAUGUAUUUCACAAGUGGCAAAUUGUUGCUUGUUCAUUGUGGGCAACUCUACUGCUUUGCCCAGUUCCAAGAUUUGUUGAGAGUUCAGGCAAAGAGUUCAGUGCGUCUGAAGAAUCAUAUUUUCAAGAUACAGCAUUCUGCAUACUUUGCUAAAUGAAAUAAUCCCUAAGCAUUAACAUACUUUUUAAACAAUGUGUCAGAAGUUCGAGCGAUGGAGAAAAUAAAGUAAUUUUUUU